ACAUUCUUUCCUUUACGCCGUCGUGUACAGGCAGAACCGCGGCAGACGCGACUUUGGCUUUUUGAGAGGCUGUAAACGUGGAUUUGUGAGUUUUUGUCGCGGUUUUCGGAGUCGUGUUGUAUUUGGUUGUGUCUUGCUUGACGACGGGGGAUGGACGCUUGCUGCUGAACUCGUCUGUUCCGUUCCGGUGGUUUAUUCCAGAAGUUUUCAGGAGGUCAGCAUGGAUUCAAUAAGCCUUGCUUCUGUGUCUAUCAUCUGUCUUUGCCUGGUGAUGAGAAGCACAACAGACUCACCAAGACUUCCAGACCACAUCCUGCCUGCCGACAGGUUUUCAGAACUGUGUGCAAUUGAUAAGGUCCUGUGUCAGGAUGAGAACGCUGUGCUGAGUUUCGAGGCCAUUAGGAGCAUCCACAAAGAUAUGGACGAUGAUGCGGAUGGUAGCGUGGAUGUGACGGAGACAGAUGGGUUUCUCAGAGAAGAUCUAAAGUAUAAUGAUCCCAAGGCAAAACACAAGAGUUUCCAUGAGGCCGACCUGCUGAUCACUGUGGAGGACAUGUGGAACACCUGGAGAGCCUCAGAAGCAUAUAACUGGACGGUUGAGGAAGUGGAAAAAUGGCUAAAUCAUUUUGUGGAACUGCCACAAUAUGCCGACUCCUUUAGGAAGAAUGGGAUCGAUGGCCAGGCCUUACCCAGAUUGGCCGUGAAAAACGCCACUCUGACGCUGUUUGUGUUGAAGAUCCUGGACCGCAGUCAUGCUCAGAAACUGCAGCUUAAAGCUCUGGAAACAGUGCUGUUCGGCCCACAGAUGAGCAAGCUUGGCCAUGUGAAGGACUUGGUGCUAGUGGUGUCCAUCAUAAUUGGUGUAGCAGGCUGCUGGUUUGCCUACAUCCAAAACCGCAACUCCAGGGACCACAUGGGCCAGAUGAUGAAAGACCUGGAGGGCCUGCAAAGAGCAGAGCAAAGUCUUCUGGACCUGCAGCAGAAGCUCCAGAUAGCGCAGGAUGAGCACCGCUCAGUGGAGGUGGAAAAGGUGAAUCUGGAGCAGAAGUUAAGAGAUGAGAUUAAUGAGGCUAAAAACGAGGCUCAGAGACUCCGAGAGCUGCGUGAGGGCACAGAGAAUGAACUGAGCCGCCAGAAAUAUGCAGAGGAGGAACUGGAGCAGGUGCGCACAGCUCUAAAGAAAGCAGAGAAGGAGCUGGAGUCAAGGAGGCGCUGGUCUCCUCCUGAACCUCUCCAGAAGUGGCUGCAGGUCACACACGAGGUGGAGGUGCAGUACUACAACGUAAAGAAACAGAGUGCUGAGAAACAGCUUUUAAUGGCGAAAGAAGGGGCAGAGAAGAUAAAGAAGAAGAGAGGAACAUUGUUCGGGACAUUUCAUGUGGCUCACAGCUCCUCACUGGAUGAUGUCGAUCACAAAAUCUUGUCAGCCAAACAGUCUCUAGGUGAGGUAACGGCAGCUCUGAGGGAGAAGCUGCAUCGCUGGCAGCAGAUCGAGUCUCUUACAGGAUUGAGCAUUGUAAAUAAUCCGGGCCUGUCAUUUUUGGCCUCAGCUCUCAACCUGGACCCUGCUUGUCUGGGAAUCCGGACUGCCCCCCCACAACACCUGAUACUCUCUGAUGAUCUGGAUGACAUGGACGAGGAAAUGCUGUCUCCUGGAACUCUACGCUAUGCCGCCUGGCAGCUGGACCGGCGAGUGAGCGACCUUUGGCCUAUGGCCCCAGAGAGCCUGUGGAAACAUUCUGUUCCCAGUACGAUGUCAGUGCGGCCGCAGCAGGCUGACCCAGCGCUGAGCUCUCAGAGGGAACUGAACCAGUCAGACUCGGAUUCAUCUCUGUCUCUGUGUCAGUACAGCGAGAGUCAGCGAGGUUCAUCCACGGCGCUAGGCAGAUCCGUCCUCUCUCGAUCUAACGGAGGAGGAAACAGCUCGACCAACAGUCCCCUCUUCCCGAAGAGGAACUUCGGCAUGGAGAAGUGCGCCAGCCUGGGAGAGAUCAACAGCCAGUUCAGCAGCCUGAGCUCAGCCACAUCCACACGCUCACUCAUUACACCGACAGGGGACAUGGACGGACCUGCAGGAGGGAAGAGCGGCAGAGGCAAGAAGAGCCCAGGUGAUGAGGACAGCGCCUCCACAGGGGAGGACGGUGAUGUGCCCAGCUCUAGCCGUAAGAAGCACACGUUCUCCAGACUCUUUCAGAAGCAGAAGCAGAAGAAACAGUAGUGAUGUAGUAAAAGCAUACUGUAAGAAAGAGUGAAAUACUAGAUUCUGGAAAUAUCAGUACUGUUUAUAUGGGUAUAAGGGAGCAUCUACUGUAUGAUAUUUUAUAUGAUUUAGUUUUUAGAGUGCUUGUGACAUCUGAAGGGAACAAAGGUAUUACACUUUUAUAGAAAUGUGUGGGGUUUUGUGUGAAAUAAUUUAUUCUGCACUUAAUAGUUACGCAAUUUCUAUCAUGGAUUUUUGUUUCAUUUUUUUUUUUUUUUUUUACAAGUUUCUCGUGCCAUUUGUUUACAGGCAUAGACUUUACAAAUGUGUCAAAAAUGUCUGAGUAGUUAACUUAACAUGCACAAACUACUACAAUCUGUGCUUUUUGUAUAAAUUUUAUUCCAUGGUUACUGAAGAUACGAUACUAAAGAUGUGUUUUCAUGUUUACACCAGAUAUAAAAUAUAUGAGCACCAGAACGUCAGCUGGAAAUGGCAGAUAAUUUCUCGUUAGAAUCACAAGCACAAAUAUCCUACAACAAGUUUAUUAUUUUCUUUUUGUUUAGUUUAAGAAAUCCCGGCCACUGUAUAGAUUCCCGUUCUCGACUGUUAGGAAGGCAAACGUUUGUAACCCAACUGCCUCAAGGUUUGUCAGUGUACAUUUUAAGAUGCCUUUAAGCUCAGCACAGUCAUAAUGGGGGUUAUGUCACUCAUCAACAACGUGUUUCUGCCUGCAGAACCACUGCACACUGGAUGUUUUUUCUGGAUGUUUUUCUCAUCAUUCUGUUGUAGAUUGUUGGGUAAAAAUCACAGGAUGUUAUAAUCAGCACGAUAUAAAAUACUCAGUGAGUUUUAAGUGAACAGGUUUUCUGUUCAGGGAUGUGUAUCAUAGGUGCAGUACAUGGGAAGCAGGCUGAUAAACACUGGAGAAUGUCUUUAAGAGGAUGAAGGUACAAAUACAGGCAGAGUCAUCAUCAUCUUUUUCACAUCUCACCUUUAUAUAAAUGUGAACAAGUUUUGCUUUAGAAUUUAAAUAAAUCUAUUUAUUUAUU